AAGGCUGCUCCCCGACGUCCAUCCUUGUAUCUGUUGCCGGAAUGAGGCCCUCAGCUGUCAGACUACUUAAUGUUCUGGUCCCAAUAAAGAGGACAAUAGACUACGCGGUGAAGAUCCGUGUUAACCCCCAGCAGACGGGCGUGGACACGAAUGUCAAACAUUCGAUGAACCCUUUUGACGAGAUUGCCGUGGAGGAGGCCGUCCGGCUACGAGAGAAGCUAAAGGACCAAGUCAAGUCCAUCAAAGUCGUGACCAUUGGCCCUCCCAAGGCAGCCGACACCCUCCGCACAGCGCUCGCUAUGGGCGCUGAUUCUGGCAUCCACGUCGAGGUGCCCGAGUCCGCGCCCGCCCCGGAGCCCCUGGGCGUCGCUAAAGCGCUGCGCGCGGUGAUCGAGCGGGAGAAGGAGAAGGGCGGCGUGGACCUAGUGAUUAUGGGCAAGCAGGCUAUUGAUGACGACGCGGGGCAGACGGGGCAGAUGCUUGCGGGUAUCAUGGGCUGGGCGCAGGCGACGUUCGCGAGUAAGCUUGUGGUGGAUACCGGGAAGAAUGAGGCGACUGUGACGAGGGAGAUCGACGGAGGUUUGGAGGAGGUGCGGUGUAAGCUGCCUGCUGUCGUCACUACGGAUCUACGAUUGAAUGAACCUCGAUAUGCUUCCUUACCCAACAUAAUGAAGGCUAAGAAGAAGCCAAUUGAGAAGGUUUCACCCUCAGACCUCGGCGUGAACUUGACCCCCAUAUUCGAAACUAUCAAGGUGACCGAGCCUCCCAAGCGGACAGGUGGGCAGAAGGUGGAAAGCGUGGACGAACUGGUAGCCAGACUGAAGCAGGCAGGAAUUGCUGCUGUGAAGUCGUGAUCCUUGGAAUGCUGUAUGAAUUGCCAGGUCUGGAUGAUGUACGCGCACAGCGAAUCUGCGGCGAUGAACACCUCUCGCAUCAGUCAUCGAGCUCAGGGACGUACAAGUCCAUUUACUGGUACAACUAACAUACAGGAAAUCGGAGUAGACUAGAUUAUACUAACCGAGAGCCGAUAACAUCACAUGCAUCAAGAAUCGUGGUGGAAUAGCAUUGCUACAUUCAUGAAACCAGGCAUAUAUGAGCGAUCACCGAAAGCGAAGUGCGGGUCGAGAACUGUGGUAUGCAGGAGGCAGGAAGGAGCAGGGAGAUAAUGACGAGAAUCUAGAGUCCUUUUCCAUUCAGACGACACGAGGGGAAGCUGGGGUGACAGGUGUUGAAGGUUGAUUCUGGAGAUCAUCGGAAGUAGAGACACCUUUUGACCGACACGCAGGACAGUUAUUGCGGCCCGUCUCCAUCCACUUGUCCACGCAGUUUUUAUGGAACGCAUGCUUGCAUGACAUGACCCUUAAAUCGUCCUCUGCGAAGUAGUCAUCUAAGCAGAUCAGACAUCUAUCGACGCAAUUUGAUGCUACUCUCCCCUCCUUCUCAUACUUCUCAAGGUCGCAUGGCUUAAUGAUCUGGAGACCAGACUUCUCGAUCUCCUCCCGCGUCGCGGUAGGAGGCUUCACCUGACCCAACAACUCCGCGAGUUCAAGCAGUGCCUCGAACGAGUCGAGGUUGUCAGAGCCGGUCACCAUAUGAUGGUUAGGAGGAUAGUAUCCCCCUAUGACAUAGAUCAAGAAGGUCCUCGAACCCGAGUUCUGAGCAGCAUUGGGCGUAUUGACACUAUUCCGACGAGUGGGCCGGAAUCGACUCAAUGCAUUGCGCCAACUCUGCCGCCUGGGAUUGGCCGUCGGAGUAUCUGGCACUCCGUCGUCCAUUCCAUCCGCGACCGUAGGCGUGUCUGGCCUUGGAGGAGCCGGGUCUGCAUGCUGUUGGGUCUGCGACGUGCCAUCGGCAUUGACGGACUGCAAUCCGACGACAAUCACGGGUACGAUCAUGUUGACGUUCGCAGUCGGUUCUGGCGGCGGGACAGCAGUCUCUGAGCCUGCCCGAGGGGUGUCUUCGAAAACGGGUGAUGAGGGCACGGCUGCGUUGGGUUGCUCAACGUGUUCUGACACGGUUGGAACAGUACUAACACCUGGCGCAUCAGAACCACGCGUAGGAUACGUGUUAGCGCUGCCAGCAGUUCCAGCAGCCUGUGCCUGUGUCGAAGGGCUCGGCAUAGGAGGGAAGCGGUACAACCUCCACCAAUUGAUACCACCACCAGGACGUCUUGUAGUAUGUCCUUCCACGCGCCGGUGCGGAGAAAAAGGCGAAGUCGUCUCAGCUGGCGGCGGCGACGGCCGCGACUCCGCAACAGCUCGGGAGAAUAUACCCUCAGCAAUGUUCUCAUGUGGUCGCUCUGGACCUGCCGGUUCCUCAUACUCUUCCUCCUCUUCAGACUCGUCCUCAGAGCUGGAAUCAGACACCGAGCGCAAGGAGGGCAUGUCUCCAUCACUCUCCUCGCUGUCCGAACUGCGAAGAGACGUAGGCAAUACAUCUCCAAGUUCAUCCACGGCUGAGUCGACCGACGUCCUGGGUUGAUCACUACCGGUCCUGGGCGCCUCCACAGAGGCACGAGCAGCGCUCGCUGCCUCGUCCGAUUCGCUAUUGUCAUCGUGAUUCUCGCUCAAGGCCGUCCGCAGAUCGGCCUGCAGGUCGACCAGGAAGCGCUCGAAGCUGCCUUCAGCAGGAGGCGGGGCAGGGGGGCCUGCCGGCUGUGACGACACAUUCGGUGCUGUGGGAGCAGGUAACGGCAGAGUAUCGACUCCGGCCGCGUUCGACGCUGGCGACGCCGUGCUAGCAUUACUGUCCGCAUUCCGGUCAGCGAUCCCCAGCCCCUGGCUCAAAGCUCUCGCCAUCUCUCUCAGCAUCCUCUCCCGCGGAUCAAGCGCAGCACCUUGCCCUCCAGCAUCGCCAGCGCCGGCAGAACCACCUGUGUCGAAGCCCGCAUUGGAUGGCGAAGCAGGCGUCAAAGGAGGCGCACUCAGACUAGGCCUGGGUGUUGAAGAGGCGCUGCCCGUUGGAACAGCACUCGGCGAAGUCGGAGCCUGGGUAAGCCCCAGACGCUCUCUGAGUCCACCCCAGGAGUUCCUCGCCCUCGACCGACGGCCGCGAUCAUUCUCAACUUCUUCAGAGCGACCACUAGCUAAGCUGCUCAGGCCGCCUAAGCCAAGCCCGCCUAAGCCCAGGCCAGCGGUCGGUGUGGGCGACGUAGGUCUCUCAGGCCCGGUUGGCGGCGACGACGAUGGGCUGGGGGGUAGCAUGAAUGGAUUGGCAGGUGUGGAGGGGGGAGCAGGGAUAGUUCCAUUGCCGAAGCCUGAGCGGAAACUAGACAGCGGGUCGGAGGACCCGCUAACUAGAGACGCCGCAGUAGCUGCUGCUGCAACGCUUAAUAAGGUACCUAGAACCUCGAUGCUACCAGGGGACAGGGUAGAACGCCCGCGGUUUGGAGGGGAUGUAGCCUGGUCUACAGAGUGAGGUGGCAGAACUACACUCGGCGUUUCCGCAGGUUCCGCAUGCUCCUCGCCCUCUUCCAAAGGUUCAGUGUUCAUAGUGGCAGCCGGGGCACUGGGGGCCUCGAAAUGACUCGAGGAUUCUUCCGUAGUGUUCGAAGUCAGUGCAUGGGCACUUUCCGUGUCAACACUACUUCGUGACGGGAUGAUGCCAGACGCGGUGUCGGCCGACUCUCUUCGAGGACCAAGCAAGCUGGAUCGCCUGGAGCCUGAGAUAAGGGCUGAUAACCGAUUCCUUCGGCCACUGGAUUCAGACCUGGG